UCUCUCUCUCUCUCUCUCUCUCUCUCUCUCUACACACACACACACACACACACACACACACACACACACACACACACACACACUGCUGCCAGCCCUCCACUUACAGCUCCAGCCUUUCAAAGCUGUUUUUCUUCUGGAGAUGAGCACACGGUUUAAAACCACACAGCUGCCACUGAAGAGACUGAGGGAAGGAGAGAAGAGUGAGUAGGGGAAAUAGGAAGCGAAAAGGAGAAGCAGAGCAAGAAAGCCUGUGUUUUCAAAUACUCCAGGUUUUUUGAGUUUACUCCUCGGGACCAUUCAAAGAAGAGAAGAGAGUCUGAGUUCACAUGAUAUUAUCAGAGUGAAUGGGUUGCCAUGGUAACUGACACUGGCAGCCUGACACGAGAAAACUCGAUGUUGAAUGGAGGAAGAUCCUCGGUGGUGGCAAGCAAGCGAAAGUAACAGGGAUUUGAGGGAGGCGAGAGGGAACAAGAGAGGAGUGAGUGGAGGAGCGCGGUGGAAGUCCAGAAUGGAGGACGGGUUUUCCAGCUACAGCAGCCUCUAUGACACAUCUUCGCUGCUGCAGUUUUGUAACGAUGACAGUGCGUCGGCAGCCAGCAGCAUGGAGGUCAUGGACCGCAUUGCCUCCCUGGAGCAGCGUGUCCAGAUGCAGGAGGACGAGAUCCAGCUGCUCAAGUCAGCGCUGGCCGACGUGGUGCGCCGCCUCAACAUCUCUGAGGAGCAAAACGCCAUGACUAACAGGAGGGGACCCACUAAAGCCAGACCCAUGAUGGCUGCCCUGCCUCUAAGGCACACUGUCAGCAACGACACUGUCCUGCCCAAGAAAAGCUGUGGCAUGGUGACACCGUCCCUCACCGGCUCCAGGAAGGAUGCUGCUGCACCAGCAACCAAAAGUCUCUCCAGUCUGUCUGGCAUACCCACCAGACUUAUCUACAUCACUUCUCCUUACAGCACUGUGAGGAGAACCAACUCCAACGAAACGAUGGGUACACUGACGCGUAAAGACAGCAGCGACUCCAAGAGCAACCGCACCCGCACCGGCUCUACCGGGAGCAACUCCAGCAGCAAGAGAGCCAGCGAAAGCAAACUUAAGGAGCCCGUUUUCAAUGCAGGGAUGCGACGAGUGACACACUGCAAAGAGGAAGGGUAUGUGAAAAUGUAUUUGAAGGGACGACCCAUCACCAUGUACAUGCCCAAAGACCUUGUGGAGACCUACUGCCUGGAAGCCAAAUCGGACCUGCCAAACAAAAAGCUCAAACUGGACUGGGUUUAUGGGUACAGGGGACGUGACUGUCGCUCUAACCUGUACCUGCUACCCACGGGAGAGACGGUCUACUUCAUUGCAUCUGUUGUGGUGCUGUACAACGUGGAAGAGCAGCUCCAGAGACACUACACCGGGCACACUGAUGACAUCAAGUGUCUGGCUGUCCAUCCUGAUAAAAUCACCAUAGCAACAGGACAGGUGCCAGGCACCUCUUCUGAAGGCAAACAGUUGGCUCCUCAUGUGCGGGUUUGGGACUCUGUGAGCCUCAACACCCUCCACAUUCUGGGGACAGGUUUUUUUGACCGCGCCCUGGUUUGUCUUGCCUUCUCCAAGUCGAACGGAGGCAACACGCUGUGUGUAGUAGAUGACUCCAACGACCAUGUGCUCUCUGUGUGGGACUGGCAGAGAGAGGAAAGACUGGCUGAUGUCAAGUGUUCCAACGAGGCAGUGUUCGCUGCCGACUUCCACCCCACUGACACCAACAUUAUAGUCACGUGUGGGAAGUCACACCUCUACUUCUGGACACUGGAGAGGGGUACCCUUACCAAGAAGCAAGGCUUGUUUGAGAAACAAGAGAAGCCCAAGUUUGUCUUGUGUGUGACUUUUUCAGAAAAUGGAGACACCAUAACUGGAGACUCAAGUGGAAAUAUACUGGUGUGGGGAAAAGGCACUAAUCGAAUUAGCCACGCCAUUCAGGGUGCACACGAGGGGAGCAUCUUUGCACUGUGUAUGUUGAGGAACAGCACACUGGUGUCAGGGGGAAAAGAUCGGAAACUCCUCUCUUGGGAUGGGAGCUACCAGCAGAUCCAAUCGGUUGAGGUUCCUGAGUUAUUUGGCCCCGUCCGCACUGUUGCCGAGGGCAAAAGGGAGAGUGUGCUUAUUGGGACCACCAGGAACUAUGUUCUACAAGGCAGUUUAUAUGGCGAAUUUACCCCCAUCACACAAGGUCACACCGAUGAGCUGUGGGGGUUGGCCGUGCACCCUUGGAAACCCCACUUCCUCACCUGUGGCCACGACAAGCAUGUCAGCCUGUGGGAUGCCUCCUCGCACCAGCCUGUCUGGACCAAGACUAUGGAGGACGCAGCUCAGUCUGCUGGAUUCCAUCCCUCUGGAGCAGUGGUUGCUAUAGGAACGCAGACUGGCAGGUGGCUGGUGCUGGAUACUGACUCUAAGGAUCUAGUCACAGUGCACACAGAUGGGAAUGAACAGCUGUCUGUUAUACGCUUUGCACCGGAUGGCGAUUUCCUGGCGAUCGGCUCUCACGACAACUACAUCUAUAUCUACGCAGUGGGGGAGAGCGGCAGGAAGUACAGUCGAGUGGGAAAGUGCUCGGGCCACUCCAGCUUCAUCACCCAUCUGGACUGGUCAGUGGACUCUCAGUACCUGGUGUCCAACUCAGGAGACUAUGAGAUACUCUAUUGGAUCCCAUCAGUGUGUAAACAGGUGGUGAGUGUGGAGACCACACGGGACAUCCCCUGGGCCACAUCUAACUGCACUCUGGGCUUCCAAGUCUUUGGGUUAUGGCCUGACGGCUCCGACGGGACUGACAUCAACGCCGUCUCCAGAUCCAAUGAGAAAAGGCUGCUCGUCACAGGAGACGACUUCGGAAAAGUCCACCUUUUCUCUUUCCCCUGCUCUCAAUUCCGGGCUCCCAGUCAUGUUUAUGGUGGACACAGCAGUCAUGUGACCAACGUGAAAUUCCUGUUUGACGAUAGUUGCCUGGUUUCCACUGGGGGCAAGGACAUGAGCGUCAUGCAGUGGCGGGUAGUGUGAGGCGACCAUUUUGGGGCAACAGACAGACAGUUUCUUUAUGGAUCAGGGUAGGGGAAGGGUUGUACUCCUAGAGGCUUCCCUGUACAAUGAGCUUACAAUGAAGUUGCCCCCAGAAGCUGAUCUUGGAUCAGUUUUGUAUUUACCCCAUUAAUGGGUUAGGAUUUGGGGAGGGCUGAUUCUAGAUCUGUUCCUAGGGUUGACUUCACUACAGAGUUUAGCUUUUUGGUGGGUGGGAUGGGUCGUGGGUGGGUUGGGGACGAAGAGCAUCACAACAAAAGGAUGAUACAACAGGGAGUACCUAUUGUUUAGUUUUUUAUCGUUCCGUCUGUCCUUUUUGUAUAUUUCACACCUCAGGAAACCAAUAGAAAAUUAGGAGUUGAAUUUAUUCCCUUUGCCAUAUCAAUGGUAGCCUCUCUGGCCUGGUAGAGAUGGCACUCCACAUUGGAAAGUGGGUGGUUAAGAGUGUUGAGCCAGUGAGCAAAAGGUUGCUGGUUUGAAUCCCCAAGCUGAUUAGGUGAAAAAUCUGUUGAGCAAGGCACUUCAGCCAAAUUGCUUUGGGUAAGAGUGGCUGCGUAAUGGAAGUUUUAAUUUUUACUAUAUGCAUUUGAUCUACACUGAAUGCACAUACAACUGAUGCUGACAGAGAGUAAAUGACCAAUAUUCCAAUGAUUACACUCUUUCAUAUGAUGUGUAUUUUAUAAUGAAUACAUCAGGUUUACCCCAGGCAGUUUGUUACUAGGCCAAGUGUGCGGUUGAAUAGAUGUGAAUUCUGUGAGGCUACAUGGGAAUAUGAAGAUAUUAACUCUCUGCUGUCACUGUCUGGUUUCCUGAGGUAUUGAAUGGUGUCAUAAUGACUACUUCACUAAUGCUCUGCAAACUAUAAUACAUGAUAAAGUUUCACACUGGCAUUUCAAAGAGAGCCUUUUAAAAACUAAUUAAUAAUUAUUUAAAUGAAUAAUCAAUGAUUAUUUACACCUGUUGAAAAGCAUCAUUUUGGGACCCAAAUGACUGAAGUUGAACUACAUUUCAAACAUAUUUGGAUUACACUGUUAUAUAUCUGCUGCCGAUGUCACGUCCUUCCUGAGCCUCCCUUAUCUUCCUGUAUAGUCCUCAAACUAGUUCUGUAAAUAAGAGGUUUGUACUAAUCAGACCAUUGCACUGUAAUUGUUUUCUCUCCAAUACCCUUUUCACACUAUAGUGCCGAACCAAUCCGUACCGCGCUGACUCAAUAUUUUCUUUUCACAUUGUCCUUUUCAGCACGGCUCCAGUAACUACGAUGGAAUCGUAACCAGACUAGCUCAGUACAGCUUGUUUGGCUCGGUUUGGCUCAGUAGUGUGAAAAGCCCUAAUGUGUGCUCCCCUAUUGUGCACUGUUUACCAAAGGCAAGUAAUCACUACUCCAAGGCUUAAGGCCCACUCUUGAUAUUUACAGCUGUUUUUGAUCUCUCCAAGGCUUAAAAGAACCUGUGAUUUAGCUACCAUACUGACCUUGUCACCUUGACUCAUGCCUCUUGUUUACUAGGCAUAUCCAUGAACAAAACAUGUAAUUCAUAUUGAAAGCUUUCCCAAAGCCAGGAAAAAGUAAUCUCACCAAGAGUUAUCUGUACCCACACUGCUAAUGUCUGAAAUGGACUGGUCAUUCAUCUGGCGUUUGCUUUAUAGUGAUGAAAAGUAUCCAGAGCAUGCAUAACAUUGGUUAUACCUGGGCUGCAUUCAAAAGGGCACAACAUUGUGUAACGUUCAUAUAGAAAUAUACUACGAAGAACAAACAUGCUUUUCUGACAUGUAGGAUGAAGAAUCGCGUCAGCUCUAUUCAUGUAAUUUCUUUAAAAAAAUGUUGGCACUGAGCAAAUUCCAUGUCUGCUAAGCGCAAACUUGAACAUUGUGAACAUUUGGUGCAACUUCCAGCGCAUGUUUACUGUGAACACUGAGGCUGUACCCACUUUAAGUUACAAUUUUAGCAGUGGUCAAGUAGGCUAGUGGCUAUUUGAUCAUAAUAUAGGCUUACCAGAGUGGCCUACCAUCAAAAACAAUGGAGAAAGUGCACCCCAUAACAUUUUAACAAAGAAAUAGCUGUUCUAUCAUUCAGUCUACAGUAGCAGGCAAUGUGUGGUGUUCCAUGCAGGGCUUGACAUUAACCUGUUUAUCCACUUGCCCUUCAGACAAGGAGGUGCCUGAACAUUUUGUGUUGUUUGAUGCAAGAAACCACUUUACAAAAUAAAAUGCAUUGUUAUUCACAUACUAUUAUUACAGAGAAUCAGACAAAUUAUACUACCCUCUGCCUAUUGGCUACUUGGCUUAUUCAAGCCUGUCUCAAAAUACAGCACUGCUCUUUACCUGACUCGCUUUUCAAAGAUGUCUAGAAAUGUACACGUUUUGUGCUAUUGUAGGAAGCAAUCACUCCCCUAUUGCUGACUACAAAUGAUCUAUAACUGUGCUAAUAACUCACUAACUAACAAAGGAUAUGAACAAAAUGUGCACACGUGGCUACAUGCAGCUUUCGCUUUGAUCUCAAAACAAGCGCAUCCACUCAUGACCGCCCACGCUGUAAACACAGUCCAGUUCAAAGUAAAUGGCACAGAUCCAUAUAUGGCAAUGGUAUAUUUGCAUAUAGGUCUACUACAGCUCUGAUUGUUUAUGCCGGACCAGGAUGAGUAGUGCGUGUCAAUGCAAUAGAAUCCUACUCUGAUGCGUUCUGCCUACAACAACAUGUCUUGCAUAAUUGGUUUUGUUUCGGUAUAUUGCAUUGAAAGUGGCUAAUAUUGAAUUAAUUAGAUCACAAUUGCCACAUUGAAGAGAUAGUGUUAACAGGGAAAACUCUAAAACAGUGGUCACCAACCUUUUCUGAGUCAAGAUCACUUUCUGAGUCAAAAUGCAAGUCGAGAUUUACUGCUCAGAUUCUUUUUAACAUGACUUAAAAAACAUAAGCCAAUGCAACAUUAACCAAUUAAAAACAGUACUGUAGCAAG